AUGUUGAGCAGCCGGGGGCAGAGAUUCCUUCACCUGGGUCUGUGUCUCUGGUUCCCUGUGUUCACACCUGUCUUUAAAGGCUGCACGGGCUGCGCCGCUGAGGAGAGGCUCUUUCACAGACUCUUUUCUCAUUACGAGAAGUUCAUCAGGCCCGUGGAGAAUGUCUCCGACCCCGUCAUUGUGCACUUCGAGGUGGCCAUCACGCAGCUGGCUGACGUGGAUGAAGUCAACCAGGUCAUGGAAACCAAUCUGUGGCUGCGUCACAUCUGGAAUGAUUAUAAAUUGCGCUGGGAUCCGGCGGACUAUGACGGCAUUGAGACACUUCGCGUUCCAGCAGAUAAGAUUUGGAAGCCCGACAUUGUUCUCUAUAACAACGCUGUUGGUGACUUCCAAAUCAAAGGCAAGACUAAAGCUCUUCUGAAAUACAAUGGCAUGAUAACCUGGACCCCACCAGCUAUUUUUAAGAGUUCCUGCCCCAUGGAUAUCACCUUCUUCCCCUUUGAUCAUCAAAAUUGUUCCCUAAAAUUUGGUUCCUGGACAUAUGACAAAGCUGAAAUUGAUCUUCUAAUAAUUGGAUCUAAAGUAGAUAUGAAUGAGUUUUGGGGAAACAGUGAAUGGGAAAUUAUCGAUGCUUCAGGCUACAAGCAUGACAUAAAAUACAACUGUUGUGAAGAGAUCUACACAGAUAUAACUUAUUCCUUUUACCUCAGAAGGUUACCGAUGUUUUACACCAUUAAUCUGAUCAUCCCCUGUCUCUUAAUUUCAUUUCUAACCGUGUUGGUCUUUUACCUUCCUUCGGACUGCGGUGAAAAAGUGACGCUUUGCCUCUCAGUCCUGCUCUCCCUGACUGUGUUUUUGCUGGUCAUCACAGAAACCAUCCCAUCCACCUCUCUUGUGGUCCCGCUGGUGGGCAAGUACCUGCUGUUCACCAUGAUCUUUGUCACCCUGUCCAUCGCAGUGACUGUGUUUGUGCUGAACAUACACCACCGCACCCCAGCCACGCACACCAUGCACAGCUGGGUGCAAGUGGUUUUCCUGCAGCUGUUACCCCAGAUCCUAAUGAUGAAGAGGCCCCUGGACAAGACCAGGGAGACAGGUUUGGACAAAAUCCCCAAAGCCAUUUCCAAGAGGCCUGCCAAAGUCAAGUUCACAAGCCGGGGAGAACCCAAGUUCCUUACAGAAUGCAGCCACUAUGGCAAAUCAAGUGAGCUGGCCACCAGCAAGAGAAGGUUAAGUCAUCAGCCUGCACAGUGGGCAGCUGACGUCGAAGAUGUGAUUAAUAGUGUUCAAUUCAUAGCAGAAAACAUGAAGAAUCACAAUGAAACAAAGGAGGUAGAAGAUGGCUGGAAGUACGUGGCCAUGGUGGUGGACAGAGUGUUUCUCUGGGUGUUCAUCGUUGUCUGUGUGUUUGGAACUACAGGGCUAUUUAUGCGGCCGCUACUUGGGAUCACAGGAAGGUCUUAA